AUGUCUGGUAAGACGGGUCUAACAAAUGGUCAGUCAUUCGGGCUGCAGUCUGCUGUAUGUGCAGAGCGUACAUCUCUUAGUUCAGAUAGUUCGCGUGACAAGCAUAAUCGUUGUCCAAAAGAUCUUCCAGCUGGUCGCGAAGAUUCUGAACUUGCUAAAGUAACCAUAAAGCUUUCACCGCAGCCUUCUUCAGUGGAACUUGUGACGGUUGAUGUGAUUUCCGAUGAGGAAUUGAUUUCUCUUUAUGAAGAACGCAUUCCUCGUUCUUCUGUAAAAUACGAUGAUAUGUUGAGAAAAGCGGUCUUUCUUCUAAGAGACAAAAUUCGUGUUGAGGAAGAAAUUUCGAGUCUGCGUGCGCGCAAUGAAUCGUUACAGCAGUUGAAUAAAACCAUUAGAGAAAAAAGCGUUCGCUUGCACGCAAAGGCUGAACAAGAGGAAGAAUUUAUAUCCAACAUGUUGCUAAAGCGCAUUCAGAAAUUGAAAAAUGAUAAGGAGGCUUUGGCUUUGAAGUACGAACAGGAGGAGGAAUUUCUAACAAACGACUUGACACGAAAACUUUCUCAAUUACAAAAUGAACGAGAUGAGUUAGCUGGACAAGUUGAAGCGGAGCAGAGUUGGGUCGUCGAUACAUUACUUGUAAAAAUUCGUAAACUAGAAGCAGAAAUUAGUGCAAACCACACGGCACUCGAGCAGCUGCGUCGUGAAAAAGUAGAUCUUGAAAAUGCACUUGAGCAUGAACAAGAAUCACUCUUCAACACUCUUGGUAAACGGAUGGAUCAAUUGGAGGCUGAAAAAAGACGCAUGCAGGCUCGUUUGGAUCAGGCCAGUUUAUCGGAGGAUCAUUCACCAUCUUCCUGUGCAAGUGAUUUCCCAUGUCAUGAGAUGAAUGAUACGGGGGAGCGUCGCUCAACAAGAGCUGAAACAGAAGCUCGUAAACUUCGUGAAGAAUGCAGUCGCCAGCGCAGCGUUAUCGCCAAUCUCAAAGAAACAAUCUCCAAUUUACAGCAACAAAUGAGUGCGCAGGAAACAAAAUAUGUUGCUGAUUUGCUCGCCAUUCGUGAAAAGUCGGCUGAAUCUCGUGCGAAUAAUCGUCGCGCACGUAUGGCCUUAGAAACUGAUUUGGCACGUUGUCUUGAAACCUGCCGUGCAUUUGCCACAUCUGAAACAGCUCGUGAGAACGAUGAGGAUAAUUGUAUGGCGGCACUUCUUAACCGAAUGUCUGUUCCGAAAAGCACGACACCGACACCCACUAAUCCUAUAGAAACUUCUAGCCCAAAUGCUGUCGCAGUUCUGAAUACUGACGCUGGUCUAUCCUCUUGGCACAAUGAACGUGUUCUCUCUGGACGUAUGGAAUCUCAAGGUGAAAGAAUGGAGGAGGGUUCGGAGACGGCAGAUACAGAUGGUGAUGUGAACAUGGAUGCGAACUUCUUCACAAAUGAACGCCUCUCUCCUCGAAAUGAAGAUGGAGAGCGUUUCAAUGAAGAAUCGACAAAAAUGAUAUCGACAUAUCCUGGUUCGAUUUCAUCAGCUUCAAAUGAAGAUUCGAAUGAAUCAACAGAAUUGACGAAUAUGGGUCUUGAUCAGUUCGCGCGUCCAGCCCUUCCUCCAACCCGUUCACCAGUUGCCAAAAGAGAUUGA